GAAAAGACCAAAAGUAAACUGAUGUUCCUAUUUUAUCAGAGUGCACUAAUCCAUCAUCAACCAAAGCUUGAAGAACAUCUUUUACUGCUUGCUGUAUAAUUCCACAUUCUUUUGCGAUGAAGCUAUGAAACAAUUUCUACUGCAUCUGGAUGAAACUUUUGCCUUAGGAAAAAAAUUCAUUAUUCAGGAUUUAGACGAGAGACAUUUAUUCAUAUCCCAAGAUAUACUAGACACUUUACAAACCAAAGUAGAUGACUUGAUGGAUCGCAUUUCAUUUCCAAUAACUGAGAGAGAAGGAUAAAGAUUCAAAGAUUGAAUACAUUUUAGCAUAAAGUAAUAAUUUUGUUAACGCAAAAUGGCUGGACGAGAAUCAGGAAGAAUAAAAGAUGCAAUCCAAAAGCGCAUCCUUGAUGAGGAUUCUAGAAAGCGUAGACAGAAAAAAGCUUUGGAAGCUUUGGAGCAAGAUAACUUUCACGAAGAUCCUCAUGCUGAUUUGGUUAUGAGCAAAAAAGCCCCAAAGUUUCAAGAAGAUAACAAAAAUACAUCUAGAAAAAGAAAGACACGAUCAGCUGAAUAUUUCAAGCAGAGGUUUAGAAAAAAUUUUCUUCAACUUGUAGAGGAGGAUUUAAACUACAAUAGUAAUGGUCCUAACUACAGUACAGCACAAGCUCCACCUUCAUGCUAUCCUGAAAGACAUUUUUGUGCUGUAUGUGGUUUCCCAAGCACCUACACAUGUAUUCCUUGUGGAGCUAGAUAUUGUUCAACUAAAUGCCUUGGAACUCAUCUUGAUACACGAUGUAUGAAAUGGACUGCGUAAAAUUUAACUGCCACAAUUUAAUGUAAAUUAUUUUAAGAGUACUUUAAGUUUUGUAAUAAAUUGGUUUUGUAAGCAAAUUAAA